AUGCCUAGACGGGCGAAGGUAGAUCCUCGAGUCGGCAAAGGAUAUGUGCUUGAGGAAGAAUCGGAAUAUGAUGUCUUCAUGGACCAGGCAAAUAGGGCUGUCCUACCUAGUGUUCCUAUCCGCGAAUCUUUCGGCUAUGGAGCCCAGGGCCCGGUAGCUAUGCCAAAACGUGCUAUGGUACUUCCAACCAAGAAUCUGAAGCAGAUGGCUCGCGCGAUAGAUGUCACGAAAGAAAUCAGCGAGAAGAAUCAUAUAGCCAAAGCCCAGGCCAAAGCUAAAGAAGGCGGUCGACGCGUUAAGCGAGAGCCCACCCCCGAUGAGACUCAGCUGUUCGACUCACUACGAGAGGCUGCUGAAAGGGGGGAAAGAGACAGUCCGACGCCUCCUCCCCCUGUUCCGCGCGCCGUGUCUACUGAUCCUAGCUCGGAGGCUGAACCUCCGCAAAGACGGAUGUCCAUCCCAAAUACUCCCCUUUACCCAUCACCACUCAGACGAAAUGCGCAUGAAACGUUACUUCAUAGCACUCCAGAUCGUGAAAGCUCAGUUGAUAACGCUUCCGAGAUUUCUUGGAAUUUGGAGCGCGAUGUUCAUGAGGACGACCUACAGCGAACAAGACCAGGCAAAUAUCGCGGAGUCAAUAUCUCUGCACCUCCUCGACGUCCGUCUGGUCUUGCAAAUCUUGUUCAAGAGACAAUCGAAGAAGAGGAAGAGGAGGACGGGGAGGAGGAACGCCCACUAGAUCUAUAUGACUCUGAUCAAAUAGACCAUGUGGAGGGGUGGACCUCACGAGUGCGAACAAUCGUUCCCCAGAUUUUCCGCUCUGAACCCAGGGAGAAGACUCCUGAACCGACAUCUCACAAGGAGGGGCUAACACGUCAAUGGCUUUCGGCAGUUCAAGCUGAAACUCAAAAUAGACGACCGUUCACGAUUGACUGGUCUUCCUGGAUACGAACUAGCUUUAUCGUACUAUUCUCCUUGUUUCUGGCCAUUUUCAUUCACAGUGGACUUGCAAGUGAACUUGCAGGAAAGCUUCUUCCAUCAUUCUCAUUCGACGAUUCUCAUUCGACGAUAUCUCCUAAUAUAACUGAUGCGGCAGUUUUCCACAGCAUGCGAAGUCAGAUUUCGAAAAUGAACUCGCAAGUGACUUCCCUGUCCCGUGAGCUAGUCGCUGUUCAAAAUGCCCGCGGCUCAGCCCCUACUAACGCCGUGCCUAUCGCAUUCUCUCCUCAACAACCAAUGAACAAGAUCAACUUUUUGUCAAAACCCCUAGGUGCUAUAGUUGACCCUUACCUCACCUCUCCCACCAUAGGUCGUGACUUCCCAGAAUACAUACACUUCCUGCUCAAAUUCUCUCCGAUUAAACCUCGGACUUCGAAAGAACCCAUCGCUGCUCUGCUUCCAUGGCAGGAAGUUGGAGACUGUUGGUGCAGUGCUCCGCACAACCACAACGGCGAGUCUCAACUCUCCGUUGUACUCGGUCGUGCCAUUGUGCCCGAAGAGGUCGUAGUCGAACACGUUCCCUUUGGAGCCACUUUAGACCCAGGAUCCGCACCUCGAGAGAUCGAAGUAUGGGCCCGAUACAAGAUCAGCCACCCAAAGCGGUCAACCUGGUUUUCAAAAUUCGCUCCAUGGAGCUCGACGAGGAAGUACACGCCCAUCGAAGCCGCAUCUAAAAAUGAAAAUCCCAAAGACGACGUCCUAUCUGACACUCUUCACGACGUACUGAUGAAUUCCCUUUCCAUCUCAAACACAUUCGAUUCACCAUCCGCCUAUUCAGACGACCCAUAUCUUGGCCCCAGUUUUUACCGCAUUGGAAAGUUCGAAUAUGAUAUGAGCUCCUCCCAUAACAUUCAACGAUUUGCACUGAAUACUGUCGUUGAUAUCCCGACUAUUCGGGUGGAUAAAGUUGUGUUUCGGGCGAAGUCAAAUUGGGGCUCGGAUAUGACUUGUAUCUACAGGUUUAGAUUACAUGGGCAUAUCUAA